AUGAGUAACCCCCCCCGUGCAGCGAAGCUGCACCCAAUACUUGCAAACCGGCACCUCGAUACACGCAUCAAAUUGACGGUUUUGAAGAGCGUAAUCGUACCGCCGCUAGAGUACGCCGGAGAAGUAUGGGAAGGAAAUAAGAAGGUAGUGAAAGAACUCGAGGCGGCGCAGAUGAAAGCAGCGGAAAUCGUCCUAGGAUGCUCCAGGCGCACAAGGUUCAAGGAUUAUCUACAUGGGCCAAUGGAUGCAGGAACAAAGCUCAAGGUCAAAUUCAGUACCGGGGAUAUGGGCCUUCGAGAACUUAGACGAAGAUAUAGGACGGUAGACAACGAAGACUACGAGUUCAAAUGUGAUUGCGGCUUCGAAUGCGAAGACCGUGUUCAUGUAGUCGCGGAAUGUCCGUGGUACAAGAAGGAGAGGGAAGUGUACGUGACUGAGCUGGGAAAAAUAGAUGGGACGUACAGAAAGGUGCCCAAGGGCCAGUGGUAUUGUCCGGACUGCCGGGAGAAGAAGCGCGUGUUCGGCUGCAACGGGUGCAUGCAGAACGACCGCCCGACCGAGAUUCUGCAGUGCGACGGGCCCAUGUGCGGGCUGGAGUAUCACUACGGCUGCCUUGACCCUCCUCUCGGCAAGGUUCCCUCGAGUAAGUGGUGGUACUGCCCCGACUGCGUGAGGACAGACAACCGUGUGGGGUGCCGGGUGUGCAAGGUCGACGUGGACUAUGACAAGCUCCUCAAAUGCGAUGGUCCCGGCUGCGAGCUCGAGUGGCACACGUACUGCCUCAAGCCGCCCGUGAAGACGGUGCCGAAGGGAGACUUCUUCUGCCCGUACUGCAAGGCCAAGCAGAAGGUCGAGUUCGAGAAGGACAUCGCCCGCGCCAACGAGAAGCGGCGGCGGCGAGAGGCGAGGAAGGCCAGGGCCACCGCUUAUUCGGACGACGAUGACCAGCCGGCCUACGGGUGGCGUGGGGUGGCCGGGCUGCGAGGAGCCCUUCUCGCUCAGUACGAAGACCUCGAGCCGGACAGCCUCCGGCUCGAGCUGCAUAGGAUCAACACCCUUCUCAGGAACAUCGAGGAAGCCAGAGAGGCUUCCGACGCCCUCGCCGCCGCAGCAGCAGCAGCAACCGCGCCUUCACCCCCCUCCACCGGUUUUGCCGUCGCCGAAGACGCCGCCGAGCCGGAGCCCGCAGAUAGCCCCGGCGUCGACGGCACCAAGCCAGACGCCGGGUCGCCUCCCGUGGAAGAAGACGGAAACGGUACCGACGACGUGGGCGACCGGGCGGGGUCUCCUGUUGACGGAAAAACGGUGGAGAUGGGGGAUGCGGCGGUGGCGGUGGGCGGUGGAGUCCACAGCGAGAAGACAUCGUCGCCAGGGGCAGGGGGUCCUGCGGCAGAGAUCAAGGUCGAUGGUGCCACCGCCGCUUCCAGUGCCGGUGCCGGUGCCGACGCCGCUGCAGAGAGCGAUGGCGGUGAAGGCGCCGCCAAGAGCCAAGGCGCCGGCAUUCCGGAAGAGACGGACCCGGUGGCGGCGUUCUGGGCAGCGCUGGCGGCCGAAGCACCCGCGGAGCCGGCCCCGACGGACGACGGGAGCGGUGACGGAGGAGGCGGAGCGGGGGCCGACGAGAAGGAGCAAGAGGAGGAGAAGGAGGUGGACGGGGCGUGGGGAGGGGCGGGCGACAGCCCGCUGGCGAAUGGCAAGAGUUACGGGUCGUUGUCCGUGCCGCUGCGCGCCGGCAUCCUGAGCGCGCUCUGUGAGGACUACAUGGAGGACGACGGCUUCCGAGUGCGCAUCAUCGACGAGGUAUACCCGGAUUGGCUGAGAGCGACCCCAUUCGGUCACGACAGCUGCGGGAGGCUCUACUAUCGUUUCAUCCACUUCAGGAAGGAGAUGAGGGUGUACCGAACGGUGGAGGGAGAUAGCCCGAUCCCCCCCGUGGACAAGGUCGCAACAGAGAUGACCGGUUGCGGAACCCUUGAGGCUGCGGUGGAGGCGGCCGCAGAUCGCAAGCCCUCUAGACUGCGCGGCGGCUCCGAGGUACGUUGCCGGCUGGAGGGUGGUGGGGUGCCGGCCUGGUUAGGCAACGAGGAACGUUGUGCGUUGUGUGGGGAAACGCGUUGGAGGAGAAAGGUUGAUCGCACCCUGGUGGUUCUGGAGCUGGUGGCAGACUCUCUUGAGGGUAUGGAGCGCUUGCUGGCGGCCCUGGGAAAGUCUAAAUCUAAGAGGAAAGGGGACGACGCGGCUCUCCACACCAGCCUCGCCCAGGAAGUGGAAGAGAUGGGAACGUGGGUGAGGGAAAGGAUGGAGAAGGAGGAGAAGCGGAGGCUCGCGGACGAGGCGAGGGAGAAGAGACAGCUCGCGCUGGAGGCGCAGCCCAGGAGACGCAGCGGCCGCUUGAUCCGUGCUGAGGCGGGAUGGGCCGUGGCAUCGUUGAAGGAGAACGAGGAUGAGGAGGAAGAGGAAGAGGAAGAGGAGGGAAAAACAGCCGAAGAGGAAAGGGCCGAUCAGGUCUCCGCUGAGUCUCCGCCGGAGCACGGAGAGAGUGACAGCCCUCCUCAAGACGGCGAGGUUGGCCCCGGUGGCACCGCCGGCGGCGGGGACGGCGGCGGGGACAGCGGCGGCGAUGACCACAUGGCCCCAGCCGGCCCCGGUGAGGGGACGUCGGCCCCGGCGAUGAUGGCCGACGGCUCGUCGCCUUUGGUGCCUAUGGACACCGGGGAGGAGGAGGAGGAAGAGGAGGAGGAGGAGGAGGAGGAGGAGGAGGAGGUGGAGAAGGAAAAGGAGGAGGUCGGACCAGGCGGUGCGGCAGGCAACGCACGGGGAGAGAUUCCUGCACCCGGCACCACGGAAACCCCCGCGCCUGCUCUCGGCAAGCACCCCAGGACGGACGACCCGUCUCCUACGGAGUCCGGCGGCGCGGAUGACGAAGCAGCGGUGUCGGCGACCGGCGCGGUCGGCGGCGGCGGCGGCGACAGGGGUGAACCCAACGGCGGCACGGGUGGCGGCGCUGAAGGCGGUGCCGGCUCCGGCGACGAUCCGGCGAGCAAGCGGCGGCGGGGGGACGACGGUGGAGUCGCGAUCCCCGUUGGGCAGGAGCAGACGACGGCAGCUGCAACUGCGGCGGCGGCCGCCGCGGCAGGUGCUUGUUCUGAUAGCGAAGAUGCCUCGAGGGCACCGCCGUGUGUAGAUGACGGCAUGUCGCGAUCGGGUGGUGGGGACGACGCCGAAUCAUCGAGCGCGAGGGGCGACGCCUCCGCUGCUGCUGCUUCUGCUGCUGCUGCUUCUGCUGCUGCUGCUGCUUCUGCUACUGCCACUGCUGCUGCUGGUGAUGCCCUGCCCAACGGAAGCAGCACGACUCCGAACGGCGGCGGCGGCGGCGGUACCGACCUCCCCACAGGGAAGAUACCACGGGUGGUGGAACAGAAGUCCACCGCUUCCGCUGUGAGCGAUGUCGGCACAGCGGGGGCGGAUCAGCAGUCGACAACGCGUGAGACCACCUGGGAGACACCCCCGGCGGCGGCGAGCAGCGGGGAUGAGGACGGUGCCGGGUCGGCUCCGCUUUUCCCGCCGGAGGACAGACGCUCCCGGCCGGAAGCAGGGGCGGUGUCGUCGCCUGUUAAAACUCCCGCCUUGAACGGGUUUAGUGGAGCUCUCGACAUCAUGGCUUUAGCGGCCUCCUCUCGCCCAAGGGCGACAACCCCAUCGUCUAGCCGCUCGCCCUCUCAAGAUCGCAGCAGCGGCGCCGGUGAUGAUGGCAGCCCCGCUAGCCGCGGCAACGGCAACGGCAGUUGCCGGCCGCUGCAAAACAAGACCACUCCCGCCGCCGGCCUUGGCGCCGCUCUCGGCAUGAUGGCGUCCGCCGUGGAUGCCCGCGCCCCGGGUGCGCUGCUCAGUAACGGGGUCGAGGGUGGUCAGGAGGAGAGAUCGCCGGCCGGCUCCAGAUAAGCCAAUUUUAUGUGUGGUGGGUUUUAGAAUCGAUCUGCCGCGCUCCCCCGUGAGACGCCUGGGGCUGGCUGCCACGACCAUUGCUUUCUUGGUAAACGUAGGCGGACGAGCCCACGACUUGGCAGCCGAAAGAAGGUUGGUUGUGUUGGAGGAUUAAGAGCCUGUCGCUAGGUAGGUAGACGCAAGGGAGAGGGGGCUGAUUUCCUGUUUCGUGUGUUCAGAAUGGGAAGAGAUCAGCCCCUCCUGUAGAAUUGAACAGUAGUGAUGGCCGUGAGCGUGCGCUGAUUGCUGUGCUUUAGCUGUCGCUGACAAUUCGUCCGCUGAAAAAUGCGACGAGUACACUACUGUUGUACACUUUUGUCCAGAUAUGAAACAUCAUCUCCCGCUCGGGAUGUGGGAUACGGGCGUAACGUCCUACAGCAAGGUGAAAGUGUUUUUGUUGACAAGAGUACACAGGACGUGAGGGCUGGGGGUGCACUUGAAUCGAAGCCUCUCAGCGACGCAAGGUUCGUUGCGUUUGUCAUGUUCACUUUUUCUUUUUAGUUUUGGAGUGAAGCAUGGCAACACAGGAACCGGAGGCGGGGGGGGUACGCUUGAGUUGUAAGUUGUUUGUUUCUAGUUUUUUUUCGAUCGACAGGAGCUUGCAAGACAGGCAAACUGGAAUAUGUGUGGGAGAGGGGGAGGGGGAGGCGUGAAGCAUUUUUUCGACAGGUUGUGUAGGUGAGCUGGUGCUGUUGUUGUGUCCUUCGAAGGAUCGAGGGAUCUAGGCAGAGGACGGUCGUGGUUGCCGGGAUCUCGAUCCUGCAAUUCUUGAGAACGGGUGAAGUGCGUAUUUUGUAGGAGGACAAGCUGCCGCCGCUCCGGGAUGUACUCAUCGAACACCAACGAGAGGCUUGGGAGAGGGAGUCAUCUGACGGGCUUUUGGAGGGAUAUGUUUUGGUUAGGUUCUAGGAGUACAAGCUGCGGCCUCUCCGGGGAUGUGGUCGUUUAACACCAACAACAGGCUUGGGAGAGGAAUGAACUUUGCUGACGGUAUUUUGGCGGGAUAAGACUCGCGGCUUUAGCUGUCGUUCGUCCCGUGUGUUCUCCGGCUGGGUGAUUUUCGUGAGCCUCACGAGGAACCCAGUCCAACGUAGAGGUGAAGUCAAGAGUACCCUUCCCGUGCUGACUAGUUUGGGCCGGGCGGUUGGUUCACAGGGCAAAGGAACGCGAGGUUGGACGUGUAAGCAGUCAAUCAUGACAUGUUUCCCUCGCUGUGGGUGGAACGAGAUGGGGAAAAGAAGGUGGAAGAAAAAGACAUCAAACGCAUUAGCAGCAUGUUGGAAAAUACAGGCGAGGUAACAUUUUAAAGGAAACCCAACAAGGACUAGACACCCAAGACGAGUUGAAGCCGGCCAAAAGGGGUAUGUGAUGUGCAACUUUAACUUUGGUGUAGGAACCGGUGGUAAAACUGCGUGUCUGUGCUUCAGUUCGUUCGCGAUAGUCUAUUAUUUUCCCUCCACACGUGUGUUCGUUUCUCGGUUGUAUUCUCCCGCUGGCUGAAGGGUGAUGGUUGUGUCGAAUUGCCACGCUUCGCAAGACGGGAUUUUGACUGCCCGGUGUUGGUCUCUCGCUCCUUGCUGUGUUGACUGGCAUGCGUUGGGCAGAACAUGUGCCCAUUGCAAUUUAGUCUGUAAGUCUUGCGUUGCGGGUCUUCUUGCAGCUACCUGUGGAAUUCCCCAAGUAUCCUUCACGUUGACAUAUGUGUGUGAUGUUUUCGGGCGUUAGACCAUGCUCCAGUCGGACUUCUCAUUCGGCAGCGAAUCUUUGCACAAAUGAUCUUGGACUCAAAAACACGGGAAAUAGAC